GAGCAGGGAGCAAGGCCUCCAGAACCCACUGGCCCCCUCGCCGCUCCCCUCCAGGCCCCACAUUUCUGGCUCUCCCGUCUCCCAGGUCCCCUCUUCCUGCUCUUCAUGAUGGUCCCCACCACCCUGCUGCUCCAGACCCCAAGACCCCCUUACCCUUGGUUCCCCAGAUCCAAAUAUAUCUCAACUCCCCACCACCACCGCCAGCAGUUCUGAAAGUGCCAAGACCUCACAAGGAGCACAGACCUGGCCUUUCUUGUCACACCCUGGCUGUGCCCUAUCUUCCGCUGCCGGUUCAAUUCUCCAGGUUGCAUUCUUAGGUCUCAGCCCCACCUGCAGCCACCACCAUGCACUCGGCCUUCCCUGAGAGAGACUCUCAGGAGCAAGAGGAGCCGACCACCUCCGAGAUGGCCGAGGAGACCUACCCACCCAAGGUGUUCCGCCCCAAGCACACCCGCAUCUCUGAGCUGAAGGCCGAGGCAGUGAAGAAAGACCGCAGAAAGAAGCUGACCCAGUCCAAGUUCGUGGGGGGCGCCGAGAACAGCGCCCACCCCCGGGUCAUCACUGUGCCUGAGAUGAGACAGGAAUCUGAGCAGGGCCCCUGCCGCAGACACAUGGAAGCUUCCCUGCAGGAGCUCAAAGCCAGCCCCCGCAUGGUGCCCUGUGCCGUGUACCUGCCCAACUGUGACCGCAAAGGAUUCUACAAGAGAAAGCAGUGCAAGCCUUCCCGUGGCCGCAAGCGUGGCAUCUGCUGGUGCGUGGACAAGUACGGGAUGAAGCUUCCAGGCAUGGAGUACGUCGACGGCGACUUCCAGUGUCACACUUUCGACAGCAGCAACGUUGAGUGAUGCGUCCCCUCCCCAGCCCUCCCUCGUCCUUCCCACCCCAGCCCCAACCAGCCAGCGCCUCCCUCCACCCCAGGACGCCACUCAUUCAUCUCAUGUAGGGGAAAUAUACAUAUAUUUAUAUCCAUUUGAGGAAACUGAGGACCUCGGAAUCUCUAGCAAGGGCUCAGCAUUGAAAAUGGCAACAACAGAGAUGCAAAAAGCUAAGAAGACCCCU